AUGACUCAACCAAUGGCCCUCAGGGCUACAUCGUCAACGUGCUCGAUAAAAGACCAUAACCAAUUUGGGCCGAUCGUGAAUCAAGAUUGUUACAAUGGCCUUGAUUUCACUCUCUUGUUCGAAGAGGUCUUUUACUCCAUCGUACCCUCUACCAUCAGUAUCGUUUGGGUAGUGGUGCGAAUGUCCCAGCUACGACACGAAAAGAUCAUGGUGACGCGGCGGUGGCUAUACUGGUGCAAGAUGACAGCAUAUUCAGCACAAAUAAUAGCCCUAAUCGUCCAGUUGGUGCUAUACGCCUCCAGCCCGCAGACAUACUUGUCUUCUGCGGCCGCCAUUCUAUCGACCAUAGCCACCAUCGCCCUCGCCAUUGGGUCGCAUAUAGAGCACCGGCGCUCUUUGCGCCCCUCAACAGUGCUCGUGCUGUACCCUCUCAUCAUGAUCCUCUUCGAUGUUGUGCACAUACGGACGCUGUGGUCUGUUGAUGGACUAAAUCGCGUCGCAAAUGUCUGUCUUACGGGGUUGGGGAUCAAGUCUGUCCUUCUGGUAUUUGAAUCGUUUCCUAAGACGCGCUUCAUGCAUCCAGAAUCCAGUAUUCGUAGCCCCGAAGAGGUAGGAGGUCCAGUAGGCAGAGGCCUUCUCUGGUGGCUCAAUCCCCUCUUUGUUCUAGGGAUGGGAAAAAGGCUUACGCUUCAUGACCUGUUUUCGUUGGAACCUACGAUGAUUCCUACCACCAAAAAGCACCAUCUUGCAGUGCUAUGGGAGCAAACCAAAGAAAAGACCAAGCCCCACACAUUGCUCUAUCUGGCUAUUCGGGCUUUCUAUUGGGAGAUACUAGCCUGUGUCAUCCCUCGACUAUCAUACGUUGGACUUGUAAUUUCACAGCCGUACCUUAUUCGCAGAGCAGUCAAGUUAUUCGCCCUCCCUCAUAGCGACAAUGCGCGCGGUCGUGGAAUCCUUCUUAUUGCAGCGUUUGCUCUGGUGUAUGGUGGCAUGGGGAUAACACUGGCUCUAUCAAAGCACAAAGCCGUCCGGCUCAUCGCAAUGAUGCGAAGUGCUUUGAUAACAAUGAUAUACGAUCAAUCAUUGCGCCUACCGGCAUCGCAAGACCAAGACCGCGUAAUCACUGCCAUCAGUACAGACAUCGAACGGAUUUGUCUUGGUCUCCAGGCAUAUUACGAAUGCUGGGCAGCGCCAAUUGAACUGGGGCUUUUUUUUUGGUUCAUUUAUAGAGAGCUCUAUGAGACCAGCAUAGCAGCCAUGCUUCUCUCUUUGGUGGCUGUCGUUGGGGUGGCCCUACUGGCACCCUAUGCUAUCCAGAAGCAGGCUGCAUGGGUCGACGCAAUUCAAAGACGGGUAUCUAUAACAGUAGAGCUCAUCAACGGAGCCAAGGGGGUCAAGAUGUCAGGGCUCGUCGACCGGCUUCACACAAUUCUGACUGCCCUGCGUCUGGACGAGAUCUCGGCAUCAAAAGAUUCUCGUUCAUUUUCAAUGACUAUAUUUACACUUGGAAGCAUGCAUUCCAUUCUGACACCGACUGUGUCAUUUGCAAUUUACAUGUUUGUGUCGCGCUCUGAAAAUGGAGAGAUUGGGACCCUCGAUAGCCCACGUGCCUUUACCUGCCUAGCUUUGCUUGAGCUCUGUGGCGAAUCGCUCUUGGCCUUGCUGCAGAACAUCGCCAAUGUGGCUUCGGCUGCCGGCUGUAUUGGUCACAUCCAAGAGCUUCUGUGUGCAAGCGAACAUGAAGCCAGCCAAAAUCGCCAGCAGCUCUCCUUCCCAGUGGAAUCCGAAAACAGUCCACCUCCCUGCGUAGUGGCUGAGGAUGUGUCCACGGGGUGGCAUGGCCCCAUCCUACACAACUUAUCAUUUAGGAUAUAUCCCUCGUCACUGACAAUGCUCAUUGGACCCGUAGGUUGUGGGAAGUCCACGUUGCUCCAGGCUAUUCUUGGAGAGACGACAUACACCACGGGCACGAUACUUGUAAAUGCCUCUCAGAUUGCCUACUGUAGCCAGACACCGUGGCUCGUCAACGACACGAUUAGGCAAAACGUUCUGGGGGCUAGCACAUUCUGUGCAGACAGAUAUAAACAGACCAUCAGGGCCUGCGGCCUUGAAAAAGAUAUCGAACUCUUUCCUGAUGGCGAUGAGACAUUCGUUGGGACACAGGGCGUGUCUCUCAGUGGGGGACAAAAGCAGCGUUUAGCGUUAGCGCGUGCAGUCUACGCCAGGACAGACCUAGUUAUCCUUGAUGAUGUCUUAGCUAGUCUUGACCCAGUGACAAAAGAGCAUGUUUUCGACGAGUUACUAGGUCCUUGGGGCUUAUUUAGGAGGCUCGGAACGACUGUGAUCAUGACGACAAGCCUGGAGCAUCAACUGCCUCACGCGGAUCAAGUCAUCGUCCUAGAUGGAUAUGGAUCGAUCUCAACUCAAUAUUCUCAGAGAUCCGCCUGUACUGACACUCCAGAGUGCAAUGAGUGUAAUACCCACCUUGAGAGUACAGAUGAGAAAAAGACCCCCACCAUGGCAGUCCAAUGUAAGAGCAUCACGUCAAGCGACGACGAUGACGAGGUCAGCCUGAAUCGCAAAGUCGAGAGUCCAGGCGGGGAUGGACCGCAAGCGAGCGACUUUGCGACUUACAGAUAUUAUCUGUCAACAGCUUCCUGGCAGAGAUGGUCCAUGUUUCUCACUACGCUGGCGGCUGCCAUAGCUACCAAGACCUUCAUGUCCACAUGGAUAAAGUGGUGGGCACAUGACAAUGACAUGGAGCCCAAUCGCAACUUGAAGAUGCGAGUUGCGGUCGACUGCGCUCUCUGUGGAUUAUACGCUGGAAUGUUCUGUCUCACCCAGUGUACCGUUGUUGACAGCUUGUAUAGGGCACCGAUGUCGUUCUUCACAGCCACCGAUUCGGGAACUACAAUUAACCGCUUCAAACAAGACCUAGAGCUAAUCGACUUCGAGCUGCCCCUCGCCGUGUUCGUCGCAAGUGCCGCCGUGCUCCAUUGCAUCGCAGGAAUAAUAGUAAUCAUUGUCAACGUUCACUACAUGGCCGCAAUUAUCCCCCUAGCGGCGAUCAUAAUCUGGGCCAUCCAAACCGUAUAUCUCCGGACCUCACGCCAACUCCGAAUCCUCGACCUGGAAGCAAAAGCCCCGGUACUCAAACACUUCAUCGAAACGCUCAACGGACUCGCAACAGUGCGCGCAUUUGGCUGGCAGAAACAGUACAGGUGUGCCUUGAACGCCCACCUCACAGCGUCGCAGAAACCGUUUUACCUGCUGCUGUGUGUCCAGGUGUGGCUUGGUCUGGCACUGGAUUUUGUCUUGACUGGUUUUAUUGUGCUACUUAUGGGUAUUGGCGUCGGUACUCUUGGCGACCUCCCUGCCGGGGAUAUGGGUCUCGCUUUGACUAGCACCAUUACCAUUGGUAUCUAUGUGAAAACCUUGGUUAGGUUCUGGAUGAACCUUGAGACGUCGCUGGGGGCUGUCACCCGGGUCAAGGACUUUGAACAAGGCCUAGCUGGGGAAGAUCUAUCCGGCGAGAGCGGCAUUGUGCCGGUAGGUUGGCCAACGCAAGGCUGUAUCCAGUUCAAAGGGGUGACUGCCUCCUAUGAAGGUCACUCUAACCCGGCCCUAAAGGACGUCUCAUUCACGGCGCGCCCAGGCGAAAAGGUCGCCAUAUGUGGUCGAACAGGCAGCGGGAAAAGCACCUUAAUAGCCGCCCUAUUCCACAUGAUCAACCCAUUUAACGGUCAAAUCCUAGUCGACGGGGUCAACAUAGCAACCAUCCCCAGACAGAGACUGCGAGAGUCAUUGAACGGCCUUCCCCAAGACUCAUUCCUGCUCCACGGCUGGACGCUCCAUGAAAACAUUGACAUGUUCGCGACUAGCUCGGACCAGGCGAUCGUCGAGGCUUUGAAAGCUGUGGACUUGUGGAGAGUGGUCGAGAAUGACUUGAACGGGCUUGACACUAUUGUGAGGGAGAGUACCUUUUCGCACGGCCAGAGACAGCUGGCUUGUUUGGCGCGCGCGAUGGUGAGGCUUGGCAAUGUGCUUGUUUUGGAUGAGGCUAUGAGCAGCAUCGACACCAAAACCGAAGCACAAAUGAAGCUGGUGAUGCAAUCCCACUUUCAAAACCACACCAUUCUGGCAGUGACGCACCGUCCCUCGACCGUCCUUGACUUCGACCGCGUGCUAGUCAUGGAGAGCGGGCGGAUCGUCGAGAACGGUGUCCCGCGGGAACUGAUCGGACGGCCCAGUAGGUUUUUGGAUCUUUACGUUAGUGCGGGGGAGGGAGGGUGAGCUGUGGAUU